ACAAACAAUGAGCGAAUGGAUUCCACAAUGUUUCCUUUCUUUGAAGGCUCUGCUGUCCCCAGCGAUGCUCAGCGUCCCAGAGGCGGAACAGGCUGCCUGUGUAUCCCACAGCACCACUUCCUUGCUCCCGGGUGUCCAACGGGAGGGUGUCACGUGCACUCGGAGAGUCACGCCGCCCGGCCCUCUGGCCUCCCAGCAUCGCAAAGGAAAACAGCAGACGCAGACAGCCCCAUUUCUGACUGCAGAGCUGUUUUAAGCCAGCGACGGAGCUGUCAAGCCCUGGACCAGCCCAGCUGCUCCGCAGGGAGGGUCCAUCCCCGGAGCCCCCAGGAAGGGUUUGCCGGCAGUACCAUGGCUCAACCUGUCCCUGUCCUGCUCUGGGCCUGGUGCGCACUGACAGCUCUGGCAGGGGCCGUGCGGGGCUCGUUCGACGUGAGCGUUUUGCCAGAAGCUCCCAUGGUGGCAUAUGGGGGGGCCGUCUGGAUAAACUGCAGCACCACGUGCCUGGAUCCUGAUGCCAGGGGCAGCCUGGAGACCUCGCUCACCAAAACCGACGAAAAAACUGGACCCGGGUGGGUGGCCUUUCUCCUCAAAAAUAUCACGGAGUGGGUGUCGGCCCCCCAGUGCUACUUCACCUGCCGUGGACGUGUGAAGGUGGUGUUUGCAAACAUCUCCGCUUACCGGGCUCCGGAGCGGGUGGUGCUGGAGCGGAUCCCGGAGCUGGAGCUGGGCCGGGCCUAUAACCUGACGUGCCGGGUUCUGAACGUGGCGCCCGUCAGGCACCUCACCGUGACCCUCCGCCAGGGGGGACGGAUCCUGCACACGGAGACCUUCCAGAACCACACCAGGGCCGGACCCGACAAUGUCACGGUGACCAAGAAGAUCACCCCUCAGCAACGGGACCACGGGCAGGAGGUCACCUGCCACGCAGCUCUGGACCUGACACCGCACGAGCCGCACUUCGAAAACAGCUCCUCUGCGGUGGAGCUCAAGGUUUAUGCUCUCCCAGAGGAGCCCCAGCUCCAAAUCUUCCACCAUAUAGAGGUGGGCACCAAGGCGACCGCCCGCUGUGAAGUGACCAAGGUCUUCCCUGCCGCUGGAGAGGCCCAGUUCAACCUGUCCUUUGGGGGUCAGAGCCUGAACUUCACCGUCACCACAUCGAAUGACAGGGCCACAGCCCAGGGCGAGGUUCAGUCCCUCUCCGCAGGCGAGCGCCAGCUGACCUGCACCGUGUCCGUGGGGCCCGUGUCCAGAUCCGCAGGGCAGAGCGUUCUCGUUUACAGUCUCCCUGAGCCCAUCCUGGAGAUAACUGAGCCCCAGACCCACGUUAACAGCAGCGUGACCGUUACGUGCCGUUCUCCUAAAGCCCACCCCCCGGACGUCCUGCUCCAGCUCAGAGACGCCAAGCGAGUCCUGGUCCCCAGCGCCCGCGACCAGCCCCUUGUGCAUUUCCCACUGACGGCUGGCGAGGAAGACAACGGGAGGGAGUUCACGUGUGAAGCAAGGCUUGCCUCAGACAACCAAACCAUGAAACGCACGUCUGCCAGGCUCACUGUCCUCUACGGGCCCAGGAUGGACGACUCCGGCUGCCCCAGGGAGUGGACCUGGAAGGAGGGGACGGAGCAAACCUUCUCCUGCCAGGCACAGGGGAACCCAGCGCCAGCCGUGGUGUGCAAGAAGGACGGGGUGCCUUUCAGCAUCGGGGUGCAGCAGCAGGUCAGGAGAGAGGACGCCGGGACCUACCACUGUGAAGCAUUCAACAUGCACGGCAACGCCAGCCGGGAUGUGACCGUCCACGUGGAGUGGGCCGCACAGGACUCGUUCGAGGUGAGUGUUUCCCCGGCAGCUCCCGUGGUGGCGUACGGGGGGGCUGUCUGGAUAAACUGCAGCACCACGUGCCCGGAUCCUGAUGCCAGGGGCAGCCUGAAGACCUCGCUCACCAAAACCGAUGAAAAAACUGGACCCGGGUGGGUGGCCUUUCUCCUCAAAAAUAUCACGGAGUGGGUGUCGGCCCCCCAGUGCCAGUUCACCUGCCGUGGACAUACGAAGAUGGCGUUUGCAAACAUCUCCGCUUACCGGGCUCCGGAGCGGGUGGUGCUGGAGCGGAUCCCGGAGCUGGAGCUGGGCCGGGCCUAUAACCUGACGUGCCGGGUUCUGAACGUGGCGCCCGUCAGGCACCUCACCGUGACCCUCCACCAGGGGGGACGGAUCCUGCACACGGAGACCUUCCAGAACCACACCAGGGCCGGACCCGACAAUGUCACGGUGACCAAGGAGAUCACCCCUCAGCAACGGGACCACGGGCAGGAGGUCACCUGCCACGCAGCUCUGGACCUGACACCGCACGAGCCGCACUUCGAAAACAGCUCCUCUGCGGUGGAGCUCAAGGUUUAUGCUCUCCCAGAGGAGCCCCAGCUCCAAAUCUUCCACCAUAUAGAGGUGGGCACCAAGGCGACCGCCCGCUGUGAAGUGACCAAGGUCUUCCCUGCCGCUGGAGAGGCCCAGUUCAACCUGUCCUUUGGGGGUCAGAGCCUGAACUUCACCGUCACCACAUCGAAUGACAGGGCCACAGCCCAGGGCGAGGUUCGGUCCCUGUCCGCAGGCGAGCGCCAGCUGACCUGCACCGUGUCCGUGGGGCCCGUGUCCAGAUCCGCAGGGCAGAGCGUUCUCGUUUACAGUCUCCCUGAGCCCAUCCUGGAGAUAACUGAGCCCCAGACCCACGUUAACAGCAGCGUGACCGUUACGUGCCGUUCUCCUAAAGCCCACCCCCCGGACGUCCUGCUCCAGCUCAGAGACGCCAAGCGAGUCCUGGUCCCCAGCGCCCGCGACCAGCCCCUUGUGCAUUUCCCACUGACGGCUGGCGAGGAAGACAACGGGAGGGAGUUCACGUGUGAAGCAAGGCUUGCCUCAGACAACCAAACCAUGAAACGCACGUCUGCCAGGCUCACUGUCCUCUACGGGCCCAGGAUGGACGACUCCGGCUGCCCCAGGGAGUGGACCUGGAAGGAGGGGACGGAGCAAACCUUCUCCUGCCAGGCACAGGGGAACCCAGCGCCAGCCGUGGUGUGCAAGAAGGACGGGGUGCCUUUCAGCAUCGGGGUGCAGCAGCAGGUCAGGAGAGAGGACGCCGGGACCUACCACUGUGAAGCAUCCAACAUGCACGGCUACGCCAGCCGGGAUGUGACCGUCCACGUGGAGUGGGCCGCACAGGACUCGUUCGAGGUGAGUGUUUCCCCGGCAGCUCCCGUGGUGGCGUACGGGGGGGCUGUCUGGAUAAACUGCAGCACCACGUGCCCGGAUCCUGAUGCCAGGGGCAGCCUGGAGAACACCUCGCUCACCAAAACCGAUGAAAAAACUGGACCCGGGUGGGUGGCCUUUCUCCUCAAAAAUAUCACGGAGUGGGUGUCGGCCCCCCAGUGCCAGUUCACCUGCCGUGGACAUACGAAGAUGGCGUUUGCAAACAUCUCCACUUACCGGGCUCCGGAGCGGGUGGUGCUGGAGCGGAUCCCGGAGCUGGAGCUGGGCCGGGCCUAUAACCUGACGUGCAGGGUUCUGAACGUGGCGCCCGUCAGGCACCUCACCGUGACCCUCCGCCAGGGGGGACGGAUCCUGCACACGGAGACCUUCCAGAACCACACCAGGGCCGGACCCGACAAUGUCACGGUGACCAAGGAGAUCACCCCUCAGCAACGGGACCACGGGCAGGAGGUCACCUGCCACGCAGCCCUGGACCUGACACCGCACGAGCCGCACUUCGAAAACAGCUCCUCUGCAGUGGAGCUCAAGGUUUAUGCUCUCCCAGAGGAGCCCCAGCUCCAAAUCUUCCACCAUAUAGAGGUGGGCACCAAGGCGACCGCCCGCUGUGAAGUGACCAAGGUCUUCCCUGCCGCUGGAGAGGCCCAGUUCAACCUGUCCUUUGGGGGUCAGAGCCUGAACUUCACCGUCACCACAUCGAAUGACAGGGCCACAGCCCAGGGCGAGGUUCGGUCCCUCUCCGCAGGCGAGCGCCAGCUGACCUGCACCGUGUCCGUGGGGCCCGUGUCCAGAUCCGCAGGGCAGAGCGUUCUCGUUUACAGUCUCCCUGAGCCCAUCCUGGAGAUAACUGAGCCCCAGACCCACGUUAACAGCAGCGUGACCGUUACGUGCCGUUCUCCUAAAGCCCACCCCCCGGACGUCCUGCUCCAGCUCAGAGACGCCAAGCGAGUCCUGGUCCCCAGCGCCCGCGACCAGCCCCUUGUGCAUUUCCCGCUGACGGCUGGCGAGGAAGACAACGGGAGGGAGUUCACGUGUGAAGCAAGGCUUGCCUCAGACAACCAAACCAUGAAACGCACGUCUGCCAGGCUCACUGUCCUCUACGGGCCCAGGAUGGACGACUCCGGCUGCCCCAGGGAGUGGACCUGGAAGGAGGGGACGGAGCAAACCUUCUCCUGCCAGGCACAGGGGAACCCAGCGCCAGCCGUGGUGUGCAAGAAGGACGGGGUGCCCUUCAGCAUCGGGGUGCAGCAGCAGGUCAGGAGAGAGGACGCCGGGACCUACCACUGUGAAGCAUCCAACGUGCACGGCAACGCCAGCCGGGAUGUGACCGUCCACGUGGAGUGGGCCGUGCGGGGCUCGUUCGAGGUGAGUGUUUCCCCGGCAGCUCCCGUGGUGGCAUACGGGGGGGCCGUCUGGAUAAACUGCAGCACCACGUGCCCGGAUCCUGAUGCCAGGGGCAGCCUGGAGACCUCGCUCACCAAAACCGACGAAAAAACUGGACCCGGGUGGGUGGCCUUUCUCCUCAAAAAUAUCACGGAGUGGGUGUCGGCCCCCCAGUGCCAGUUCACCUGCCGUGGACGUGUGAAGGUGGCGUUUGCAAACAUCUCCGCUUUCCGGGUGCCGGAGCGGGUGGUGCUGGAGCGGCUCCCGGAGCUGGAGCUGGGCCAGGCCUAUAACCUGACGUGCCGGGUUCUGAACGUGGCGCCCGUCAGGCACCUCACCGUGACCCUCCGCCAGGGGGGACGGACCCUGCACACGGAGACCUUCCAGAACCACACCAGGGCCGCGGCCGACAACGUCACGGUGACCCACGAGAUCAUCCCUCAGCGACAGGACCACGGGCAGGAGGUCACCUGCCACUCAGCGCUGGACCUGAGACCACUCGGGCAGCUCUUCCAAAACUCCUCCCCUGCGGUGGAGCUCAGGGUUUUUGCUCUCCCAGAGGAGCCCCAGCUCCGAACCUCCCUCUAUAUAGAGGUGGGCACCAAGGCGACCGCCCGCUGUGAAGUGACCAAGGUCUUCCCUGCCGCUGGAGAGGCCCAGUUCAACCUGUCCUUUGGGGGUCAGAGCCUGAACUUCACCAUCACCACAUUGAAUGACACGGCCACAGCCCAGGGCGAGGUUCGGUCCCUGUCCGCAGGCGAGCGCCAGCUGACCUGCACCGUGUCCGUGGGGCCCGUGUCCAGAUCCGCAGGGCAGAGCGUUCUCGUUUACAGUUUCCCUCAGCCUGUCCUGGAGAUCGACCAGCCACGGGCCCUCGUGAACAGGAACGUGAGCCUCACGUGCUGUUCCCCUGCCUCCCAGCCCCCUGGCACUACGCUACAGCUCAGAGACUCCGAGCGAACCCUGGAGUCCGGGCACCAGCCCUGCCUGCAGCUCACGCUGACGGCCCGCAAGGGAGACAACGGGAGGCAGUUCACGUGCGAAGGGAACCUCGCCCUGGGCAGCCAUUCCUUCGUAAAGAACACGUCUGCCCAGCUCAUCGUCCUCUACAAGCCUACGCUGGACGAGUCCGGCUGCCCAGGUCACCAGACGUGGCUCGAGGGGACCCAGCAGCAGCUGGCCUGUGAAGCCGACGGAAACCCGAUGCCGGAGGUCUCCUGCCGCAAGGGCAGCCAGGUGUACGAUACCGGCAGCGUGCAGAACGUCACGAGAGGCCACGCGGGGGUCUAUCGCUGCAGUGCCACCAGUGUGCACGGGACGGCCGGCAGGAACGUGACAAUCCAUGUCGAAUAUGGGCCUGAAAUGGACGAUGCCGGCUGUGCCAGGACCCGGACCUGGGUGGAGGAGACGGAGCAAACCUUGGCCUGCCUGGCCUCGGGGAACCCGGCCCCGGCGGUGGUGUGCGCAAAGGACGGGGCACCCUACGGCGUGGGGCUGCAGCGUCGGGUGGCGAGAGAGCACGCUGGGACUUACCACUGCACUGCCACCAACACCCAUGGCUCAGCCCGCCGGGAGGUGACCGUCCGGGUGGAAUAUAAGCCAUCAAUGGACGAGCUCAGCUGCCCAAGUGCCUGGACCUGGGUCAAGGGGAUGCCGCAGGCAUUCUCCUGUGAUGCUGAUGGCAUCCCAGCCCCAGAGGUCGUGUGCACCAAGGACGGGGUCUCGUACCGCCCGGGCCAGGGGCUGGGCCUCACGGACCCCAUGGGCACCUACCAGUGCAAUGCCACAAAUUCUCACGGCUCGGCUACGAAGACGGUCACCAUCACCCUCGAAUACAAGCCCACCAUGGACGAGUCCAGCUGCCCCAGUACCCGGGCGUGGCUGGAGGGGUCCCUGCACACCCUGGCCUGUCAGGCGGACGGGAUCCCCGUCCCCCGCGUCCCGUGCGCCAAGGAGGGAGCAGCUGAGGAGUUUGGCGGCGAGCGGAGCGUGAGCCGGAAUGACUCUGGCACCUACUGGUGCACGGCCACCAACCGCCACGGGUCGGCGAGGAGGGCGGUCACCGUGCGGGUGGAAUACAGGCCCGUCGUCUUGCUCCUGGCCGUCAGCCCUUCUGCCACUGUCCCACGCGGCGCCAACGUCAACAUUAGCUGCCGUGCCGAGGGCUCCCCGGCGCCCGCCUACCGCUGGACCGUGCCCCCCGCCCCCAAUGUCCACUACUCGGCCGAUAACAGCACCGUGAGCGUGGCCGGCGCCGACAGGCACAACCGCGGCGUGUACGUCUGCAGGGUCUCCAACGCCCACGGGCAGCACCUGGGCCAGCUCCAAAUCCAGGUGACAGAUAACAGACUCAUUGUUGCCGCCCUGAUCGCAGGGGUGGCCGUCCUGCUGCUGGGUGGGACGGCCGGGCUCGUCUAUUACCUCAAAUCCACCGCCUGCAAGAAGGGCGAGUACAACGUGCAGGACGCCGAGAGCUCCUCCAAAGCCACCUGCCUCGGCCGCGACAGUGCCGUCUACGAGAUACAGCUCAUGCAGACCUGAGCCGGCCGGAGCCGCGAGCACAGGGGCUGCUGGAGGGGAACCCGACGGGGCGUCCCUGCAGCCGGGGCCCUGGCCGGGCCGGCUGGUUUGUUUGUUUGUUGUUGUUGCAUCCGUCCUCGGGCCACUUCAGAAGCUCCUGCCAAACUGUGUUCUCUGGCCAGCCCCGGCCUGUCUCCAUACAGCCACCUCUGCGGGCAGCUCCUGUCCCUGGGCUUCCUGGCUCGGAUCUGCUCCUGCCUUUUCCCUUCCCCAGCCCCGCCCUGGAACUCCCGGUUUGUCUCCACUCCAGAAAGCUGGUGUCUUGCCUUAAAUAUCCGUUCUCCGGCUUUGGGAAAUGGGUCAUGAGCUGGCCCCGGCCUGGCAAUGAUUGUACUGAGGCAUGCGGGGUCAGGGGUGUUGCCUAACCCAGCGCCUGGCUGGACGGCGUGUGCAGGGGAGAAUGGGUACGUGGCCCGCUGGGAUCUGAACGUCUAGGUCCCAGAUUCCCAACUGGGGGGAGGCAGGAGCCACCAAACACAAUCGGGCCUGCGGGGAAAUGAAUGUGCGGGGUCUCUGUCCCCCGGCUAGCAGGAAUGGGCCAGUCUGUCCUCAGAUAUAAGAACAUACGACCGGCCAGACUGGUCAGAGCAAGGGUCCAUCCAGCCCAGUGUCCUGUCUGCCGACAGUGGCCAGUGCCAGGGGCCCCCGAGGGAAUGACGAGAACAGGGAAUCGCCCAGUGAUCCAUCCCCUGUCGCCCAUUCCCAGCUUCUGGCAAACAGAGGCUAGAAACACCAUCCCUGCCCAUCCUGGCUGAUAGCCAUUGAUGGACCUGUCCUCCAGGAACUUUUCUAGUUCUUUUUGGAACGGAUCGAACAGCUGGGGACCGGCAUGGUUCAUGUGUCUUGCCAGGAACUGCUCUGAGACCCAGCAAACUCGUUUCAUCGCAGGCCACUAAGUUUAUGGUCUGAGCGCCCCGUUACCCCUGUCAGUCAGCGUUUGGGUGCGGCUCACCCAGGCUGCUCCUGCUCCCAGGUUACUACAGCCAUGGCCUGUUAAACUUCCCUUCUUGUUGUCACGGAGUCCCCGGGCGAUGCGCUGGAACUGAAGCCAGGCAGGACUCUGGGGGAGUCUCCUCUCUGGGAGCAGCCUAUCUGCAGGACACACAGCUCACCCGGCUUCCCCCUUCCUGGGUCUGACCCCGGAGCAUUCAGCAUCCUCUGCCCCUCCGUGUGCUUCCCACAACGAGUCCGCCCAGGCAGGGUCCUGGGGAAGCCAGAGGGUCCUGCCCCCCAACUCCGCAGUCAGACGGGACUCUCAGCCAGCCAGUAAAACAGAAGGUUUAUUAGAUGACAGGAGCAUGGUCUAACACAGAGCUUGCAGGUGCAGAGAACAGGACCCCCUCUGCCGGAUCCAUUCUGGGGGGCAGUGAGCCAGACAACCCCGUCUGCCCUUCACUCCAUGUGCCCAGCCAGCCCCAAACUGAAACUCCCUCCAGCCCCUCUUCCUCUGGGCUUUGUUCCUUUCCCAGGCCAGGAGGUCACCGGAUUCCUUUGUUCUCCAACCCUUUAGCUCUCACCUUGCAGGGGGGAAGGGCCAGGCCAUCAGUGGCCAGGAAACAGGGUGUCGGCCGUUGUCUGUGUCCAGACCCCUGCACACACCUGCCCUCUAGGGCUCUGCAGUGAUCAUACACCCUUACCCCACCCCCUAGAGACUUAAGAACUGCCUAGGGGAAACUGAGGCACCCCCACAAUAUUCAGAGGGAACAUUAAGAACAGUCCCGCUUCAUCACACCUCUCUCAGAGACAGCCAGGAGACCCCGCCCCCCCCCUCCGACAUCUGCCCCCAGCUCGCAGAGGUUAGUGAAUUCUAGCACUUGGCUGGCUUGCUGUUUAUGGGCCCUCGGAUGGUGGAAAUCAGCCAUAGCUUCACUGGAGCCAACGGGGCUAGAGCCCCAGCUGGUGUAAAUCAGCAUCGCUCCAUUGACCCAAGCUCUGACUCCAGCAUGAGUCGAGUUUGCCGGGUGGCGCUGUCACUCACGCCAAUGUUCUGGGCCUAUCGAGCUGUCCUUUAGAGGCAAAGUAACGCCCCAGCGCGUUUUGUAUGAUGGUUGUGGGGCAGAAUUAAAACAGCAACGCACCUCCCACCCCCCCCCGGCCACCCCCAUCUCCCACUUCCAAGGGCAGGAUGCCAAAGGAAACCUGCAAUGGCCAGAAAAAAAGUCUGCAUCUGCAGGCUUAUCGCAGGAUUGUACCGGAAGAGCCGCUGUGGAUGUCGGUCUUGUUGUGCUUCUCUCCAGGCAGUGUUAAUUACCAGCACAGACUUUGUUCUCUAGCAACUGACAAAUUUAGCACAUCGGCGACAGCCCCACGGCUGAGCUGCAGAGAAAAGCCGCUCCCCCUCGGCACACGCCUGGCAGGGGAUACGCGAAGCAGGUGGGAAAAGCAGCUUGUAGGGUAGCGGGCUGCCGGAUGCCACGCUGCCGGCCUCGGGGACUGUGGGACUUAAUGUUGCCGCGUGCUCAGCAAAGCCGUGUGGUGGUCUGGCCAAUCGGCCAGGUACUGCAAGCCGACGAGCGCGGGCCAGACCCGCCGCUGGCACCAGCCAGCAUCACGAAUGGGUUACGGUGGGAUCCCCAGUCACGGCCCAAGGCCCUAUUGUGCAAGGCGCUGUACGUUAUUUACCAGGGGUGUUGUGAUACCGUCGCUCCUGUGCCAGGACACCCUGCACUACGUGCUGCAGAGACACGGACCUGCCGCGUUAAAUCCUGGCGCCACGCCACUUUGCGCCAGCGGACGAUCUGGCCCGUAAACAUAACCAGCCUCUCGGCCCUUCAAA